AUGGUGAAGUCCAUACGGAUUAGGUCAAAGGAAUAUUGGGACGCAGACAUCCUUGAAUACGAUCGUAGUGGUGAGUUGCUUACAGUAACUAUGUGGUGUGGUGGAACAUUUCAAACAGAAGGUUUUGUGUGUUAUCAAGGAGGGUCUAAAAUGACAUUUGAUUUUGUCCAUAUGGGGUCCUUGAAUAAUUCCACAUUGAAGAAAAUUGAGUCUAAGAGUGGGAGUGAGUCUGAGGGUGGCUCUGAGAGUGUUUCUGAGUGUGGUUCUGAGAGUGGUUCUGAGAGUGGUGCCGAGAGUGAAAAUGAGAGUGAAAAAAAUGAUAAGGAGAGUGAGAAGAGUGGGAAGGGCAAUGGUUCUGAGGGUGGGAAGGGUGGUGAUUGUGAGAAUGAAAAUAUUGAACAUGAGAGUGGGAAUUUUGUUGGUGAGAAUGUGGAAGAAACUGAAAAUGAACAGAGUGAACUAGAGAGGCAAGAAGAUGAGGAUGAUUUUCUUGAUAGUGAUUAUGAUUUCAGAAAUAGUAGUAGUGAUGAUGAUGAUGCAUUGUUUAGUGAGAAUGUGGAUGCAGGGGCUAGUGGGGGGGAAGAUGGUGAUUCUAGUACUGAUAGUGAUGAUGGUGUGGUUGAGGUUCCUGAUGAUUUAGAUGAACUGAGGGGAGAUCAAGAAGAGCCUAAAAAGAAAGGGAAAAAGAGGAGAGGGAAACAACCAAUGAAAAUGAAGAGGCAACAGCCAACUGUGAAGUGCAAAAAGUGUGGCAUGGCUGGCCACUAUGCAAGGUCUUGUGAGAAAAGAAAGGAGAAAGAAAUGAACACUCUAAGCCAAAACCAAAGUCAAGUAACUCAAGAAGUGGACAACUCUCCAUUGAAAAGGGCUUUUGAUACAAUUCUUGAAAGGAAAAGAGCAAGAGCUGCUGCUGAUAGAGGUAAAAGGAAAAGGGCAAAGAAGGCCACAGUUGAGACAGAACAAUCCUCACAAAAUCCUACACUUUUGCCACCAGUGAUAAGCCAUGAAGAAGAAGAUGAGGAGUUGCACUCAUUGUGUGAACUCAUUGAUGAGUAUGAAAUCCCUAAAGUUGCCAAUCAGCCCGGGUCUACCCCUUACCAACAGCUGCAGAGUUCAAUGCAAUCAAGAGAUGAAAACUAA